AUGAUCAGGGGGAGGAUUACCUCGUCAAGGAGGCGUUCGUGUAUUAGAUCCGGCGGCCAUGGAGCCAGCAUGGAUGAUAGGGGAUGGACUCAACUUCACAUUGGUUGCCGCAAGGGUGAUCUCAAAGAGGUGAAGCGGCUUCUCAACCAGGGUGUACUGGAUGUGAAUGUGGCUACAUGCAGUGGUCAAAAAUCAAGAGGGGUCACCCCUCUUCACCUCGCCGCAGAGGGCGGCCAUGUUGACGUCAUGGAUGAGUUGCUUCAGCGUGGGGCUAACAUAGAUGCUAGAACUAAACAGCUGGGCAGUGCUUGCGGCUGGACUCCGCUUCACAAUGCAGCGAAAGAGAGGAGGAGGGAGGCAGUGAAGUUUCUGGUGGAGAAUGGGGCGUUCUUGCCGGUUGACAUGCAGGAUUGUAGGUUUAACCCUCCACUCCAUUACUGCCUCGGUCUCGAGUGGGCUUACGAGGACAUGAAACGGCUUCAGCAACAAACGUCAUCGUCAGGGGAGAGCUCUUGCUGA